AUGUCCUUUCCGUCCAUGUCUAUGCAGCCUGCUCCAGGCUCCUACUUCUACACGGCUAGAGAGAGAAUGGACUCAAACAGCUCUUUUGCAGACACCGUCACCAUCAACAAGGCGUAUUACGAGCAUCUGCUUCGAGUUUCCCAGCAAUUCAAAAACAUCAAGCGCUCCCUCUUAGCAGGGGGCGUCCUGGCCAACGAUUCUGCUUUAGCUGCACAAACACGUGCAUCAACAUCAACAUCAGCAUCAGAACAUCCAGUCGCCAAAUCUGGCCCAUUCAUAUCAGGCCCAGGUCUUUCCUACGCCAGUAGCAAGAGCCCCCCUCGCGACGAGGAUGAGAACGAGAGCAAUGCCUCUUUCUAUGUUACCAGAAGAAGUAGACACCAAGACCCCGAAAAUCCAUCUGAUUCAUCAUCAUCAGAAGAAGGAGAAGAAGAAGAACAAAAAGCACCCGAUGCUGAACCGGAACAACGCACCCUCGAAAUCCGCAACCUGCCUGACCGCACCACCCAUCUCGACCUCACAAACGCAAUUCGCGGCGGCGCUCUUCUCGAGAUUUACCUGCGCUACAUCGACAACUCCGCGCGCGUGACAUUCGCCGAUCCUGCAGCCGCGCAGCAGUUCCUAGAGCGCGCGAGACGGGUUGGAUUUGUCGUUGGGAAUAGACGAACAGACAUAACCUGGAGCGACCGCCAAUUCUUCGUGCGCCCGUACAUCAAACAAAACAUUUCGCACGGCGCCUCGCGCAAUCUGGUCAUUCACAACACCAACCCCAACAUCACCGCAAAGCUCAUCCGCGAGCAUCUCGAGCACAUCCACAAUCUGGUCGUGCUCGACAUCCGCUUCGAUUAUGCGCAGUCUGUCGCGCAUAUAUACACCAAUUCGGUGCAUAAUGCCAUGUUUGCGCGCUCCUGUAUGAAGUCUAGGGCUGCUUAUAGGGGGAUGAGGAUUGAGUUUGCGGACGAUGAGUGUGCGCGGGAAUAUCAGGAAGAUGUGGUGAGCAAGGUUAAGACGCGGAGACAGAGGCAGGGUGGUGAUUCGACUUUGACUUCUUCGAUGCCGAUGAAUCGGUUUGAGAUGUUGAGUGUUGAGGAGGAGUUUGAGUCGGGAUCCGACACGGAGACGGUCUGA